ACGGAGGCACCUCAGUUUGCUCGCGCUGCCCGCGCAGCUCACUCGUGUACUCAACUCCAUACUGCCACAAAUCGCUGCCGACUUUCCGAUACGAAUUUGGAACGUUUUCGACCGGUAAUGUCGGUUUAACUGCCGCCUUUAAACGGCGAACGCUACUAACGCCUAAAUUUCGCAUUGCCAUUCGAACGCUCGAUUGCUUAACUCAGUUACGUUUGAGUUUAAUAGAUAACUGUGAAGAAACAUGUGUUAGCCUUCAGUGCUAUGGAGUCAGCAGAAUUAGUGCUCUAUCAGUGCAGUGAAAUUGGAGCAUAUAUUUAGUGGAAAGUGCUAAUUUUGCUGUUUGAUUCUAGACGAUACGUUUCACUGAACGCAAGACAAAAAGUGGUUUUGUGAGCGAGUUCAUGUGACUACCGGAGUAUUGAUACGCAUUGCUUUCCCCCUGCCCAGAGCUUGAUUUAUGGCCCGUGAGACAGAUCACCACCCUCCGGGAGAAGGCACAGAAGAUCGCCAGAACCGAAAAUGUGACCACCGACCGUCCGAAUCAAACCAAAACUCGCUUCAAAUUCAUGAGUCUUGCCUCAAGAUUACAUGAUUCAUUACUCUAUUUAUUGAACUUAACUUUAAUCAACGAAUCUAGUCGCCAUAGCACUAUUUAAAACCCGAUGCAAUUUAUACUAUAAGAGCAUAAAGUCGAAAAGAAAAUAACACGUAGUAGUACAAAGAGAAAGGAAAUAAAUUGAUGAGACAGUACAAACGAUGAGUGGGAACGCUAUCGUCGAUUUAAUACUAAAUUGAUUUACUUAGAAGUUCCCUGAAAGCAGUCAAAAUGUCUACAAGUUUCGAGCACUCGGCGAUGAAAAGCAGCUUCUCGUUGUCGUCGCUGCGCAGUGCGCCAGCGCCUCCCGGCGGCCAUUACGAGCCUCUCGAGCGGCCAUACCAUAGCCUAACUAAAAAGAGGAAGGAGCCGUGUCGCGAGGCGUGGCGGCGCAGCUGGGGAUCGGCGGCGAGCGGCGGCAGCGCCGGCGACGACCUGUGGCCGCUGCUACAGCACCACUACGACUACAUCAUGGAUAACCAGAUAAUCGACACUUGUAAGGAGGCAAACGGCGAGUUGUUGUCGCACAACUCGUCCGCUUUGCAUUGCCCGCGUCUGCUCAACCCGACCAUCGGGUUCAAUCGCCAAUGGUCGCUCAAUCAGCUUAUUGCCGAGUUCACCGAACUCUGCCAGUGGCUGACACAUGUGCAAGAAGAGAUUUAUUCUAGUCCCGAAAAUCUGUCCAGUAGGAAAUUGAGAAUGAGUCGCAUGUCGGAGCUGGUGUCAGUGGAGCCCCGCCGCGCCAAAUUUAUCGAACAAGCCACCGCCAUAUUAGAACGCAUCCCAGAAGCCAGUGCUGAGGUGACUUGGCGUGUGGAGCAUUUGAACGUGAAGUGGGAGGGUCUCCGCCUUCUACUCAGCCCUGAGCAGAAGCACAAAGAUGGAGAAUCAGCUGACACUGUUGACACAACACAUGAACUUCGUUGUCUUCGUCGAUGGCUCCACGGCAUGGAGGGCCGGCUACCACCGCCGUCGUUGGCUGCUGCCAGGGCCGCGCCAUACCACGAACUGUUAAGAAAGCUGAGAGAGCACCAGGUAUUACAACGUGACGUGGAAAGCCACGGCCGGAUCGUGAGCUCGGUGGUGCGACUGUGCGGCGGCGGAGACGCUGCGCGUGCGCUUGAACGCCGCUGGCACUUGCUCUAUCUGCGGGCCAUUGAGUGGCAGUGUCAUCUCGAGGCCUGCCUCGCCAGGAUCGAUAACCAGGGUGGAGCUUCGGUGGAGGUCGUGAGCGACAGCGACGACGAGCCGGCGUUGAAGCAGCCGCGGCUUAGCAGGCGAGAGUCGCCGAGGAGACUACGCAACUCCGCCAACACGCGUCGCCGGGAUACCUCCGUUGACAGUCGACAGUCUGCCUCCGAGGAGGAGCAAGAAUAUGUGCUAACAUACACGUGGCGAGGCUUCGGAUCUGACUGCGAAUCGGAACUAGUACGAGUACCACGCGAGUGCAACAUGGCCGAUGAACAUCGUGUUCCAGGAGCUUGCGACGCCCUCUCCGCUCCCCCCACUGACCAGACCGUACCUACCACCGUAGACCAGCUUGAUGGCCCCAACGCGCACGACUCUCCUAAGCACGAAAACUCCAACGUUGAAGACAAAAUAAAAACUCCACCAUCGGUGACACAAAGGAAAAAACCGGUGGAUACUUCGAAGUUCAACCAAACGGACAGAAAAUCCAAAAAUUGUGCUACCUUUUACUUCAGACACCACGAUACUGACUCGGAUAGGCAAAUGAUCGAAACCGAUGAAAAGUCUCAAGAGGAAUCCUCGGAGGAAGAAUGGACAUACGUCGGCGGUCCCAAGAUUGCAAACGAAGACUCCACUGACAUAAUGACAUCGUCUGUUGAAAUUCAAUGUGAGUUGCCCAUUGACAGCAAGAAAGACAAACACGACAAGCCACCGUCUCCUAAACUGAAAUUAGAAUCGAGUACUCCAGAUCUUUUACGCGUUGAUCAGAAUACGAGAAGCAAGGAUAUAGAAAAGUUAGUGAUUCAGGCAGAAGAACUGGUACAAAAGCAAGCACAACAGCACAUGGCAAAGAAAAAGAGUUCCAGAAAUAUCAAGCCGCUAUUGUUCGAGGAAGAUGGAAAGACUGCGAGCCGUGCCAAGAUGUCGAGAAUCAAAGAGUGGUUAAAUCAGAGCAACGAUGAUAAAAACGACAGUAAUCAGGGCACUGAAAGUUAUGAUGCUUCGGGUGAAUAUACGACAGAAAGCGAAGUGGACACCUCCUUAACAUCUGAAGAACGAAACUUGCACUCGUCAAUGGACAUGAGUACCUCCACUUGUACCGUCACACCCACCCACCACGCUAAGGUGCAACUUCGCAAGAAACGAGCUGGCAACAGCGCGCGGCCGUGGUCCGUCUCCUGUCUGUCGCAGCUGAGUGGCGCAGGCACGUCUCUUGUGGCCACGCCCACGGCCAGUGACGUUGCCGCUAUGUCGCAUAACAUGUCCAUAUCGGAGUCCGCUUUGAACACCCUGGCCUCACCACAAAGGGUGACGCCAGCCAACUCUAAUUCCAAACUUAGAGGAAGUGCUACCACUGUGCAGGGGCACGUUUCAAGCACGAAUACGAUGACUGAAGCAUGCACAUCGUGCGUGGAAACGAACGACAAGCAGUGCUGGUUACGCCGGAAGCGCUUCAAGCUGCGUAGCCAUAAUACAUCGGUGGGGCGUCGCGAACGUUUGGUCAAGUCGUUCUCGUUCUGCGGCCGCCUCAGUCCCGAAAUUGAAGAUAAAAACGAGAGAAGUGCUGCCAGUGACCCUGCCACCAGUAGAAAAAAUAGGUUCGACACAACAUCUACGUCGGGCAAUGACAGUGACGAGGAGCUCAUGAAACAAUCGCUGGCUACGAUCGCAAAUCUCCGUAAAAGUAUCGAAAAAACCCACAUUUCUACCAGAGAACCAGACAGUGCCAUCCCCGAACAAAAUGAACAGGAGACUGUAGCACCGAGCUUCAAACUCGGGCCGGCGGGUGGACAAGUACGACCUCGGGUAGGGAGGAGCACGGAGAGGGAGAGAACAUUCCUCGCUCUUAGCUUAGGAGAUCCUAACCGACUAUGGGACUUAAGCAUAGAUAAGGAUUCCGACAUUGACAAGAGUGUAACCGCCGGUACAGAAGAGCACAGCUCAUUUUCGGAACAAGCGUGGGACCCUUAUCAGGAGAAAUACAACUCGGAGCCGUAUUCCGAAGCCCCGGAUUCGGAUGCAGCGCGCCGCCUGCUGGAGUUCGGCGACGACUACCGCACGUACCUCGACUCGCAGUCCGACUGCUGUUCGAGUUUGUCCGCUCAGCCUGAGAACGAGAAUAGCCCUAGCGGAACGCGACGCCGGCGACAGCCGUCCGAACUAUCGCGAGAGAGAAGUCUGCCCCGCCACAAACGCCCUACAAGGACGUCCCCCGUUGAAACGCCGUCUCGAAAGCCUAAAAAAUCAAUGUCUAGCGCUGAGCGCAAAAAAUCUCUGCUUGAUAGCCUAGAGAGAUCUAGAAACAAUACUAGUAUCGAGAGCAACGACGGCGUACGUCGGCGCAAAGCAUCCGAAAAUGAGCGAAAGAACAAGCGCUCGCCAGAAUUCGACUUACUGAACAUUCAAGCUUUGAGCCGGAGACGUCACAGCUCCAAUUUGACCAGUGACGAAGUGAAUAGUUCAUUAGAGUAUACAGAGGUGAACAAUAGACCUGACAUUCUAGAUUCAUUGAACAGACGUCGAAGAAACGCUGAGAAAGACGGGGAGUCUGAACUCCAAAAGAUCGCAUUGUCUGAAUUGCGUCGACGAUCGACAGAGAGUGCCGAUUCAGAAGGCGAGUCUUCAAGCCCCAAGAAGCACAGUCGACGGAAUUGGGGAGACUCGGACUCUGAGUCGGAGGAAGUAAGGUCACUCAUCAGGCGCUCGAGCUCACAAUUGGAAGCAGCGGAGGCCCUCAUGGCCCGGCAAGAUGCGUCCCCGGAUUUACUCCACGCUUUCGAUUACACGGAGAUAAUAACACGAUGCCGCGAAAACGUCAAUCUUCUGGACGCUGCGUUAGCUGGAGGCACUUUGUCGCCUGGCUUGCAACGGGACAUCAAAGUCGUGUCUGCAAGAUGGUCCGCGUUACGCGCGGCAGAGUCACGAUGCAGCAAGUACCGGCGACUGCGCCGCGAGAUGGGCACGCUGCGCGAUGCGCUGGAAGAAAUCUGCGAGCCCGGUGACUGCGCGUCUCAACCGCAUACACGUACACAGCUCAACAGGAGGAUCGAUGAGCUUAAGGAGCGUUUGUCUUACCUGUUGGAAUACAAAGUGGCGAUGUUGAAGGUGACACUGUCAGUGCGUCGUAUGCUCAGCGAUAUGGAGCCGUAUGAGCACGGAAUGGCAGCCGACUUAACGGCGUUGCUAGCUGCUUGGGACGAUGCUUAUCAACGCACGUCUAACGAGCUGCUCUCAUUGGAGAAGGCAGUAUGCGCUUGGAAUGAGUGGAAGAACGCUCUCCGGGAACUGCAAGGAGCCUUACGCGGGGACCUCGCCACACUGCAGUCGUUGAGGGAACGUGGCGCGUCCGUUGGAGACAAGUCCGAAGUCGCUGCUCAAAUUCGUCAGCUCGCUGCCUCGCUCAUUGACAAGAAGAAGGGGGGGUCAACAUGCGAUUCAAUGUCCGACUCGGGCAUAUCAGACGGAGACAGUGAGGGCGCUGGUGGGCGUGCGCGCCGCCUUAGCGCCCUGCGUGAACUGGCUCGCCGUCUGCAGGCAGCCUUAGCCCCGAACUCGCCAGCACACCGAGCUAUUGCUAAGCGCAUGGAGCAAACCGAGAACGAAGUCCGCAGUCUACAAGAAUCCUGUCGCGCUUUGGUGGCACAAAAUAUUCCAGAUUUCGUAAUCGAUGAAGACACGAGUACUAAUACUUUAAGUACUGUAGGGGGAAGCAAGACAGGCGCUGGCGACCCAGACUAUACUCCUCGCGGGGCUUGGGUAUGGCGUGUGCUACGUUCUUCGUUGCCAAUUCAGCUCUGUCUAGUAACCUUAUUGGUCGCCGCUUGGUUGAUCGAGCGUCCACGCUGCUGUGAUGCCCUCAACUCCAUCGCCCAGACACUGACACCGCAACUGCGUUACGUGAGGGGACCCCCACCUGUUUGAACGGUUGAACCGUUAUGUUGUAUCCUGUAUGAUUGAAUCUAGAUGUCAUGAAUGGCGUAUUGUAAGCCUGAUGACAUAAUGUUUCUACUUGAUUUGGGCCCAGCUUAUAGCUCUGUUAGAGUUAUAUGAUGCGUGGAUGGUAUAUGGCCAAAUCAAUCGCAUGCUUGUGUUCCUUUUAAAUAAUCAAUUAGAAAAACACUAACACUGAUUUGAGGGUAGUUGAAAGGUAUUGUCUAGAAAUAGUACUUCAAUAAAGAAAAUAAUGACCAAUUUGUUGAAGCAUUAGUGAGGUAUUGAAUCGUGACUAACCAGAUUCUAGGUAGGUAGGUUUUAUAGAAACAAGUAAUAACCAUGUCACAUAAUUUACGUUUAGUAAAAUGUAUCGGCGAAGAACGGUCACAGUAACAAAAUUGGGCAGAAUCGGACAGAAAACGCUACGGAUUGAUAGAUACGUUUCAAAAGUAUUUUCAGAACGUUAAGUUAGAAAAUUAAGCUGAAAUAACAAAAUAACGUAAUACUAGUUCAGAUCGAAUGAUUUUUUAAUAAAAGUAGAACAAUUAUCACUAAAUUAAACUUACAGUUGCUCAUAAAAAGUUCAAAUAAACA